AUGUUGGCUAGUAUGGGUAAAUUAAAAGCUUCACGUUUGGCUAGAGCAGUGACCGAUUCAUGCAUGCAGUUUUGGGGUGGUAAUGGAUAUGAGUGGAAUAAUUUGAUCAGUCGUUAUCAUCGAGAUUUUCGAUUAUUCUCAAUUGCUGGUGGUUGUGAUGAAGUAAUGCUUAGAAUUAUUUCAAAACGGAUGAAUAUGAUAGAAUAA